GAACGGAACAUCCAAACCGAGGCUGCCUACAUUCACAUGCCGGAGAAGAAAAUGGCGACUUCUCGUAUUUUGAUUUACGGCGGCAAAGGUGCCCUUGGCGCCAACUGCGUCAGUUUUUUCAAAAGCAAGAAUUGGUGGGUUUUGUCAGUGGACCUGGCACCAAAUGAGGAUGCUGAUGCUAAUGUUGUAGUAACAGAGCUGGUUGACUGGGUCAAGCAGAGUGAAAUGGUACACCAAAGGGUGGAUGAGCUGAUGGCUGGAAACAAAUUAGAUGCAUUAUUCUGUGUUGCUGGAGGAUGGGCAGGUGGCAAUGCAAAGAGCAAAAGUUUUCUUAAAAGUGCUGAUUUGAUGUGGAAGCAAAGUGUUUGGACCUCAUCAAUAUCAGCAAGCAUUGCAGCACAUCACCUUAAAGAAGGAGGAGUCUUAACGUUGCCUGGUGCUAAACCUGCUACUGGAGGAACAUCAGGAAUGAUUGGAUAUGGAAUGGCAAAAGCUGCUAUUCACCAGUUAACAAAGAGCCUUGCAGAUGAGAGCUCUGGCCUUCCUGCAGGCACAGUGGUGGCUACAAUCUUACCAAUAACACUUGAUACACCCAUGAAUAGAAAGGGCAUGCCGAAUGCAGACUUUUCCUCCUGGACACCACUGGAAUACAUAUCAAAUUUGUUUUAUAAUUGGACUCAAGGAGUUGAAGUGCCAAAAAGUGGAAGUCUGGUUACCUUGGUUACCAAGGAUGGAAAUACAACCACAUCAUGCAGCUUGUAACUGGAAAAUUGAAUUAUUUCAUACCCUAGAACCCACCAGUAAAAAUCAGAUAGAAAUAGUACUUUGAAUGAAUUUUCAUUUUUCACAUGAGAAGUUUUUAAAGAA